UAAUUUCAUUGGCGCAUGAUUUUUUUGUGGACUGUGAAAUCUAUUCGAGUAACUCACUCAAAAUAUCACUAAAACUGAUAUUUCUUCUAAUGUGUCAAUCUGUAAAUAAAACUAGCACUGUAUAAUUGUAUAUUAGAAUAGUGAUAUAAUGCCAAGGCAUUGCACUGAAUAAAUUAAACAUCAAAACUGAAAUGUAAAAAAAUUAAGCUAUUGAUAUUUUGUCACUCAGAACUAUUCAAAGAAUGGCUUUUCGAAAAGGUGAUUCAUAUGAGAGAGAGAGAGAGAGAAAUGAAUGCAUGUGUAAUCCUUUCCUCUGAUUGGUUGCCUCCUAGAAGAACCACUUGUGAGAGCAAACAUGUUUGUUAUGUUGACAGUGCUGGCUCGGGAGCGGGGAGGUAGGCGGAACUCUUCGCUAGUGACGUAGAUGAGGUCCAGAAAUUCGAUUGACCUGAUUACAGGCCUCUCGGCAGAAAAACAUCUGGAACUCAGGAAUGUGCGGACCAUUUUAAUUAAUAUUUCACGUUUACUGCGGCACCAUAGAGACCAUAUUACAUCCCAAAUACAAGAAAAAGAUGGUUUCGCAAAAUACGGGACCUUUAUUGUUGGACCCUGUGUACUAGGGCUGUAAUGAGUGCUCAAGUUUUUGGAGUACUUGGAGUAUAAAAAAUGAUUGAGGACUUUCUUCUGUCUAUGGGAGCUGCAUAUUUAACUCAUUCACUGCCAGGCCUCUCAGUUUGAUACUACUGUAUUGAAAGAUACAGUAGCUGCUUGUCAAUGGCAGGAAUGAGUUAAUUGUAAAGCUCAACAGAGCGGAUGCACAAGUACAACGCGAUCAGGUCAUCAGAGCUUGGGAACGAUGCGGAAGAGAAACACACACAUUUGAUUCACGGAGCGAGAAGAUGGCGAGAAUGGGCGGUAAUGCACUAUCACAGUUUGCAAACCGCCAGUAAAGACAACAAAGAAGAAGAUGGCGAGGACCUCAGGUUCAUGUGUGCCCAGUUGCCCAACCCGGUCCUGGAGAGCAUCAGCAUCAUCGACACUCCCGGAAUCUUGUCAGGAGAAAAGCAGAGGAUCAGCCGAGGAUACGACUUUGCUGCCGUGUUGGAGUGGUUUGCGGAGCGCGUGGACCGCAUCAUCCUCCUUUUCGAUGCCCACAAGCUGGACAUCUCCGAUGAGUUCUCAGAGGUGAUCCGGGCACUUAAGAACCACGAGGACAAAAUGCGCGUGGUCCUGAACAAGGCUGACCAGAUCAGCACCCAGCAAUUAAUGAGAGUCUACGGGGCGCUGAUGUGGUCCCUGGGAAAAAUCAUCAACACGCCAGAGGUGGUGCGCGUGUACAUCGGGUCAUUUUGGGCCCAGCCCCUGCUGGUGCCGGACAACAGGAAGUUGUUUGAGGCCGAGGAGCAGGACCUCUUCAUGGACAUCCAGUCCUUGCCCCGCAAUGCUGCUUUACGUAAACUCAACGACCUCAUCAAGCGAGCGCGUCUCGCAAAGGUGCACGCAUAUAUUAUCUGUUCGCUGAAGAAGGAGAUGCCGAGCGUGUUUGGAAAGGACUCGAAGAAGAAAGAGCUGAUUUCCCAUUUGGGGGAGAUCUACUUGAAAGUGGAGAAAGAGCACCAGAUCUCACCUGGAGACUUCCCCAACCUCGCUAAGAUGCAGGAGCUGCUCAACGCUCAAGACUUCUCCAAGUUCGCCGCGAUGAAGCCCAAGCUGCUGGAGGCGGUGGAGGACAUGCUGGCCAACGACAUCGCCCGCCUCAUGGCCUUGGUGCGUCAGGAGGAGGCGGCGCUGCCCAGCAACUCGGUCAAGGGCGGCGCCUUCGAGGGAACCAUGAGCGGCCCCUUCGGCCACGGCUACGGCGAGGGGGCCGGCGAGGGCAUCGACGACCUGGAGUGGGUGGUGAACCGCGACAAGCCUUCGUACGACGAGAUCUUCUACACGCUCUCGCCCAUCAACGGCAAAGUGUCCGGCGCUGCCGCCAAAAAGGAGAUGCUCAAGUCCAAACUCCCCAACACGGUGCUGGGGAAGAUCUGGAAGCUGGCAGACGUGGACAGAGACGGCCUCCUCGACAACGAAGAGUUUGCCCUGGCCAACCACCUGAUCAAAGUCAAACUGGAGGGCCACGAGCUGCCCGCCACGUUGCCCGAUCACCUGGUGCCCCCGGCCAAGCGUGGGACCGCACUGCAGGAGUAACGCUUCACUUUCUGUUUGGGACUCCAAGCACGGCAGAGACUGAGGUUUUGGUGGGAGAGGAGUGGGUUUCUCGUGAAUUAGGGGGUAAAUGUUAAAAAUUGCAGCUCUGGGGGGAAAAGAAAAAAAAAAAAAAACACGACCUAUUUGGGUAA